UUCGAAAAGGCCAGCAGCGGCAUUCCACCUGCGAGCAGACAACCGUCCUCGGUCCCAUCCCCCCAUUCCACCUCUCGACAUCUCUCCUCGUCUCUCAGCAAACGGCAAGAUGGUUUACGUGCGUCAGGAAAAGCUGCCACACCUCAAGCAGUACAAAUACAGCGGUGUCGACCACAGUCUCCUCUCGCGCUACGUGCUGAAACCGUUCUACACAAAUGUCGUUAUCAAAUUCUUCCCCAUGUCGAUGGCUCCGAAUCUCAUCACAUUGACUGGGUUCUCUUUCGUUAUUAUCAAUGUGUUGACGCUGUUGUGGUAUAAUCCGACGCUGGAUCAGGAUUGUCCGCCGUGGGUGUACAUAAGCUGGGCAGUGGGGCUGUUCUUGUAUCAGACGUUCGAUGCGGUGGAUGGGACGCAAGCGAGACGAACUCAUCAGAGCGGGCCCCUGGGAGAACUCUUCGAUCAUGGAGUUGAUGCACUGAAUACCGCACUCGAAUGCCUCAUUUUCGCCGCUACCCAGAAUCUGGGCAUGGGAUGGAAGACCGUCAUGACAUUGUUCGCAUCCCUUCUGACGUUCUACGUCCAAACCUGGGAUGAAUACCACACCAAGACCCUGACCUUGGGCCUCAUCUCCGGUCCCGUCGAGGGAAUCGUAUGUCUUGUAAUUGUGUACGCAUUUACAGGUAUCAAAGGUGGCGCUUCUUUCUGGCAGCAAUCGAUGUUCAAGACAGUGGGCAUUCCCAAACAUGCCAUUAUACCGGACUACAUAUACGAGUUGGCGUUUAAUGAGUGGUAUAUGGUCCUAGGAGCUUUCGUGCUGAUCCUGAAUACCGUGCAAUCAUCUAUGAAUGUAAUCAGAGCCCGCCGCGCCCAAGGCGACAAAUCCCGCUAUGCGCUCGUCGGCCUGGUCCCCUUCUUCAUUACUUGGACCCUCAUCCCUGCCUAUCUCUACCUCAACCCUGAGAUUCUCUACAACCAUCUGGUGCCCUUCGUCUUCUUCUGCGGUCUCGUCAAUGCUUACUCUGUUGGCCAAAUGAUCACCGCGCAUCUGGUCAAGCUGGACUUCCCUUACUACAACGUUCUGGUUCUGCCACUUGCCUAUGGUGUUUUUGACAGUUUGGGUCCAUGGUUACAGCAGACAGUUGGCUUCGGUUGGCCUAGUGCACUGGGCAAUGGCGUAUACCAGGUUGCGUAUAUGUUCAUGAUGCUGGGAGCGGCCGUCGGUGUCUAUGGAAGCUUUGUCGUCGAUGUCAUAGUUACGAUCUGCGACUAUCUUGAUAUCUGGUGCUUGACGAUCAAGCAUCCCUGGAAUGAGAAGGAAGAGGCGAAGAAGGAGAAGAAGAAGAAGCGCUAGAGAAGGAUGGAUAGAUAGAUACCCCUAACGGCGGAGUUAAUGGUAAUAACUGGUUUAUAUGGAUGUACACUCGACGCUUCGCGGGGCGUCUGUAGAAUACUGUACAAUUUUGUAAGAAUAUAAAAUAGAUGCUGAGCUGCGAGAAUUCCAAGCAUAUCUAC